UGAAACAAACAAACAGCAAGUGGAACAUUAUUUCGUAUUUUGUCCAAAAUCUCAGGCGCUGAGGCCUGGAGAAACGUUUGUUGAGCUAGGAAAGGAUCCUACAGUGCUAGACCUCAUUUCUCUAAAGAGGUAGUGGUACUGUCUGGUGUCUGCAGUUGACGCCCUGUCGAGAGUUGAUCGGUUUUCCAUCCACAACGAUAGAGAGUGAAUCUGAAUUUUUUUGGUGAUGUGAAGUUAUUAAUUGGUGGACCAGCACUGAAGUAUAAUACUGUACAAGUUGCCAACCUUGCCAUCAUCAGGGUCCAAGGCUAAGGGAUAGCAUGGCUCAGCUACUUCUGCUGGUAUGGAAGAACUUUGUGCAGCAGAAGCGCAAGCCAGUCACCACUGUUCUGCAGAUAGUAUUUCCUAUCCUGUUCAUGGUGGUAAUGGCGUUGCUCCGGACUACUAGCAAAGAUGAAUACAAGUGUGUAGAGACCGAUGGUGAGCCAGGAUGCCAGUGGAAACCUUUCAGUGUCACAAAUCCGUCGAUUCCCCUGGCUCUCGUCAUUGAACGCACGUACAAGAAGAACAUGAGCGAGUUAAUCCCGGACAUUAUCGAAGGCAAAGUGAAGCUAAAGAUAGGUUAUUCACCCAACGCAUCAGAGUUUGUCAACUCAGCCAUGAGCAAUGCACGGGGCUUUAUUGACCAGUACGUACCGGAAGAGUUUAAGCAAUUUUCCAGCGUGCUCGCCUUUGAAGGGUUCGCGACGGAGACAGAGAUGGUGGCUGCCAUAAUGCAGGAAGCCAACGAUGAUGCGAUUAAACACAAACAGUUUUUCGGUUCGGUGGCGUUUGAUCCAGCCAUUGGGCAUGCUAGCAGCAACCUUGACUACGCGAUUCGCAUGGGAUCAGAUCCUCUCGUUCACUUUGAACAGAGUGAUAGUGACCCUCAGCAAGGUGGGCGUAAGAACUGGCUGACGGACUUGACAUUCCCAAUCUUCAUUCUGCAAGGACCACGUGCAAUUAACAAUUCGUUCGGUGGUGAGCCGUACUACUACGAGAACUUUUACCUCAACCUGCAGCACUCCAUCAAUGCCGGCCUCGUGCACACCCUUAGGAAUGGCUCGACGUCCGAGCCGCUGCCUGAUGUGCAGAUGCGACGAUUUCCGUUCCCGGAGUUUUUGGAGAACCGUUUUAUCAGCGCCGUUCAGUUUGGUCUGCCGCUGCUCGUCUUUCUGGCCUACAUUCUAACUGCGUUGGUUCUUGUCAGGGAUAUUGUACGCGAGAAGGAGCGUCGACUCAAGGAAUCCAUGAAGAUGAUGGGCCUGUCCAAUUUACUGCACUGGACGGCAUGGUUCAUCAACUACUUUUUCACUCUGCUCAUCAGCAUCAUAGCCAUGGUCCUGAUACUGAAGUAUGGCCGUGUGCUGGAGUACAGCAAUCCGCUGAUCGUGCUCCUCUUCUUCAUCUGCCAUGCCUGGUCCACCAUCAUGUUCUGUUUCUUUGUCAGCACCCUGUUUCAGCGUGCGGUGUGGGGCGCAGCUGGCGGUGGCAUCUUCUGGUUCCUCUCCUACACGCCUUACUUCUUUGUCCAGCAGCAGUACGACACGCUCAGCUUUGGUGCCAAAGUCGGCACUGGCACGUUCUUCAACGUGGCCAUGGCGUACGGUGCCCAGCUCAUUGGCAACUUUGAAGGCCAGGGCUCCGGUGUCCAGUGGAGCAAUCUCAACGUGGGAACCAGUGUGGAUGACUCAUUCACGUUUGCCACUGUGCUCGGCUUGCUGGUGUUUGAUGGUUUUCUGUACGGCCUGUUGGCAUGGUACAUUGAAGGUGUGUAUCCCGGUCAGUUUGGAUUGCCGCUGCCCUUCUACUUUCCAUUCAUGCCCUCCUACUGGUGCAGUCCUACCAGCAAAAUCACGGACGAAGACGAAGAAACAGAGACCAUGCCUUUGUCUGGCAGCCACAACAAAAAUGCGUCCAAACAUCUGUUUGAGCCUGAGCCGGAGUCGCUGCCAGCUGGUGUCCGGUCGUAUCGCCUGAAGAAGGUCUUCAAGACCUCGAAUGGCCCACUAGUCGCAGUCAAUGGUGUGUCACUCAACAUGUAUGAGGGUCAAGUGACUGUGUUGCUCGGCCACAAUGGUGCUGGCAAGACCACCUUCAUCUCCACGCUGACUGGGCUGUUUCCUCCGACCAGCGGCUCUGCCUAUGUCAACAAUUGCAGCAUUCUCAAUAACAUCAGCGGUGUUCGUGACAGUCUUGGCAUAUGCCCGCAGCACGACAUCCUGUUUGACAACCUCACCGUGCAGGAGCAUUUGGAAUUCUAUGCCCAGCUGAAGGGCUGCAAGCGCUCGGUGGUCAAGGCCGAAGUUGACAAAAUGCUGGCCGCUCUGAAGUUCACGCAGUUCAGAACACGCCGAGCCAAGGAGCUCUCCGGUGGCAUGAAGAGAAAGCUGUCAGUGGGAAUUGCUCUUGUCGGCGGCUCUAAGGUAGUAAUUCUUGACGAGCCUACAUCCGGCAUGGACCCUGCUGCUCGGCGUGCCACCUGGGAUUUGAUCAAUCAGUUCAAGGAGGACCGCACUAUCCUUCUUACCACCCACUUCAUGGACGAGGCAGACCUUCUCGGUGAUCGCAUUGCCAUCAUGUCGUCAGGAAAUCUCAAAUGUUGCGGCAGUUCCCUGUUCCUGAAGUCACGCUACGGCGUUGGCUAUCAUAUCAUCAUGGUGCGCGAGGAAGGCUGCGACAUUGAGCGUGUCGUCAGCAUGGUGAAAUCUCACGUGCCCGAAGCCACCGUGGAGAGUACGUCUGGCGCGGAACUGUCCCUCAUCUUGCCCAAGGAGUCUGCCAGUGCCUUUCCAGCAAUGUUCAAUGAGCUCCAGGCUAAUAGUACGGAGCUGGGUAUCAGCAGCUACGGUGUUUCAGUUACCACUAUGGAGGAGGUCUUUAUCAAGGCUGGCGAGGAAGGUGACUCGUUGGUGGCUGGUGAUGGUGCUGCCGCCUCUGCUGAUCAUUUACCUGAUGGAAGCUCCUCAUCAUCCAGUACUGAUGUGUAUGGCUCUACGGAAACCAAUCAAGUCACAUUCCGACGUGGUGGCGGUGGAACGCGUGCUUCCUACCAGCUACUGCACAACGAAACACACGUUGAUGUGAACGAAGGUCCACGCCGUGGCCUAACGCCGGAUAUGCUCAGCUCUGGCAUGCAAUUGCUACUUCGACAGUUCUACGCGCUGAUUGUCAAGCGCAUCAUUCACACGAUGCGCAACAAGUCUGGCGCUUUCACGCAGCUCUUCUGGCCGGGACUGUUCACUCUGUUUGGACUGAUCGCUAUCAAGACCAUCCCCGUGCCCAAAGACUCGCCGUCGCGCCUUACCUCCUAUUCCUACUACGGCUCAUCUUCCAUCUACUACAACGACGUCGGCGGCCCGUCGACACCUUACUCGCAGGCAUUUGCCGGCCAGUUUGCCAACACAUCCUAUGUGCAAGUGCAAGGUACGUCGGAGACCAUGGGCAACUGGACAGAGUUUGGCGACUACCUGCGCAACGCAACCGACUCCGAUGGACAGAACAACAUUGCCAACUUCAAUAAGCAUCACCUGACGGGCGCAUUCUUUCAGGAAGACCUCAUCACGGUGUACUUCAACAACAUCGCUUUCCAUGCCAUUUCCGAGUCGCUGGCAGCCGUUGGCAAUGGCUUGUUGCAGCGUGAAUUCCCGGGCAAGAAGAUCUCAGUGACCAAUCACCCCCUGCCAAGAACGGCCAAGGAGGAAGUUGAUCAGCUACGACUCGAUGGCAGUGGGUUUGCGCUUUCCUUCGACGUCUUGUUUGGCAUGGCGUUCUUGGCAUCCAGCUUUGUGCGCCUAGUCGUGGCAGAGCGUGAGAACAAGGCCAAACACGUGCAGUUCGUCAGUGGCGUCCACCCGGUCAGCUACUGGCUGUCGGCCAUCGCCUGGGACUUGAUCAACUACAUGGCACCGGUAAUAAUGAUCCUGGUCCUGUUUGGUGCUUUCCAAACGCCGGCGUACACCAAGGAUGGCAACAUCGGCCUGGUGUUCCUCUCGCUCCUGCUCUAUGGAUGGGCCAUCAUCCCACUCAUGUACCUGGUCUCGUUUGCCUUCAGCAAACCUGCAUCGGCAUUUAUUCUGCUCACGCUGUUCAACAUUGUGACUGGAGAGGUGGCCAUUAUUGUCAUCUUCAUUCUGGAUAUUCUCAAGGAGGCUGCCACUGCCAACGCCCUCAAGUGGGUCUUCCUCUUCUUGCCGAACUUCUGCCUCGGACAGGCUCUGUCUGAUCUGUAUACCAAUUACGCCACCUCACAAUUAUGCGAACAAAGUGCAAUCCUCGAAGAAUUUUGCAUCGAACAGAAGGUCAGCUGGCAGUCCAACUAUCUGUCGUUGACGCCACCUGGAAUUGGUCGCUAUCUGGUCUUCAUGGCUGGUGAGGGUAUUCUCUUCUUUCUGCUAGUUCUACUUGUGGAGUCCGACUUCAGCUCAUGGAUACGCACCUCUCUGGAACGCUCGGCGGCCAUGGACUUAUCGUCGAACGUAUCGGAUGAAGAUGAGGAUGUGCGCAGCGAGCGCCUUCGCGUGGAGAGCUUGGACAACCGUGGACGUGUCAACGCCGCCAAGGCCAACCCUGACAUUCUGGUUGUGCGGGAUCUGAACAAGAUCUACAACCCUCUUCCUUGCAUGUCGGGUUCAUCAGCGCAUGCUGUCCAGGGUAUCUCCGUCGGUGUUCCGACGCGCGAAUGCUUUGGUCUCCUGGGAGUGAACGGUGCUGGCAAAACUACAACGUUCGGCAUGUUGACCGGUGACAUUCCUGUCUCGGCUGGAAAUGCCUACCUUGAUGGACACAGUAUAGUGAAGGACCAGCAGAUGGUACGUCAGCGUAUUGGCUACUGUCCCCAAGUCAACGGUCUGAUUGAUCUGCUCACUGGCCGAGAACUUCUCACCAUGUUUGCUCGUCUUCGUGGUGUUCCCGAGCGCCUCAUUCCUGGUGCUGUUCAGAAGCUCAUUGAGAGCCUGCUGCUGCAGAAACAUGCAGAUCGGCCAUGUGGCACGUAUAGUGGUGGUAACAAGCGUAAGCUGUGCACAGCCAUCGCACUGGUGGGUGACCCACCCGUGGUCUACCUGGACGAGCCCACCACCGGCAUGGACCCGGUGGCCCGGCGCCAGCUGUGGCAGGCGCUGUGCCGCGAGCGUGAGCAGGGCUGCUGCGUGGUGAUCACGUCGCACAGCAUGGAGGAGUGCGAGGCGUUGUGCACGCGCCUUGCCAUCAUGGUCAGCGGGCGAUUCCGCUGCCUGGGCAGUCCGCAGCAUCUCAAGAACCGCUUUGGCGACGGCUACACGGUCAGCGCCCGCCUACGAGAGGGUGUUGCCACCGACGACUUCAAGUCCUUCAUGGUCUCCACUUUCCCCGACUGCAAUCUCAAGGAGGAGCACUUCGGCCAGGUCACGUAUCAGGUUCGCAACUCUACGCUGGCCGACAUUUUCGAAGUGGUGGAAAAUCACAAGGACCAGUUCAGCGUGGAGGACUACUCCGUGUCUCAGACCACCCUGGAGCAGGUGUUCCUACUCUUUGCGCGGCCUGAUAUCGACAAGAACGUGCAGGAUUGGAUGCACUAGCACGGUGCAACCUGCAGGCCACAGCCGCUUUGAUGAAUAGCCAUUGCAAGUUGAUCGCAUGAUUUUGCUGCCAGUGCAGCGGAGACGUCGCCACACCAGUGCUGCCUGAGAUUGCAUGUAGAUUGUAAUGCUUUAGCUGGUCUUAGCUUGGGUGUACAGGCACUGCAGGCAGUGCUGGCCUUUGUGUGUAGCAAGAAUGAUCAUUGUCAUCAGCAUAGCCUUCCACUCUGCCUCUUUCCUUCCUGCAUUGCUGAGACAAGUCAGCGGGCCCUCUGUUCUCUGUAUUUGCCUCUCUACCACGGAUAUUUAUGCUCGACAAUUGUGUUCGUACCUUUCUCCGCACAGGUUUGUUUUCCCUUUACCACAUGUUGUCUUCUCAUUUGACUUCCUUCUUUUCUUUUUCCACCUAGGUGUGACAUGUACCAGUUAUGUGGUAUGUUGACGUUUCUUCUCUGUGCGUUUGAACUGCAUUCUCUUUUUUCCCUGCAAGCUUUUUCUGGAUGUGACCAUGUGACAAUUCCUGUUUAUACCAUUUGAAAGAAAUGAUACCCAAGCAUCGAUGAAUUUUUAUCAGGGAGUAGUAAAAUAUUCUACUCCCUGACUUUUUAUGGUAAAUUUGAUUUUCUACUACUGAAAUUUUGUUUCUGCAGAGUUGUUUUAUCCAGCUUUAUUCUAGAUUGAAUAUUCUGCUACGCAUUCUCUCUUUUUUCUUCCCAUUCACGACUUAUUCUGUUUUGUGCAGACGUUGUGCGUCUUGUUUCUUGUUAGGUUGCUGCCCGUUUUGCUCUAUCUAGAUACAGAUGGCACGUUGUCGUUGUCGCAGCCUAUGAUGCUAUCAGCUAGUCACUAGCAUUGUGUUUCCCAGCAUGCGAUCGUCUCACACAGCAGUACAGGCUCUGAUUCAUCACAAUCAAUGCUGUGCUUGGAUUUUUUUAAUUUUUCUUACUGUGCACACGGACAGGUUUUUUCUUCUUUUUUCAUUUCUAUCUUUGCAUGCAUCUCAAUCAUGUGCAUGUGUAUAAUUCUCCUGUUACAUUUCGCUUCGCCGUGACCAUGGUGACUAUUUUUCCACAUACAUACUAGUAGCUAUUCUUCCCCAAAGUGCCCAAGUUUACUUCCA